CUGCUUCGGGAGAAGGAGGGAGUAAGGGGAGACACCAAAUAAUUCAUGCAGGCGUUUUAACAGAUCAAAGGGUCGAGCAAACUUUUUUAGUUCCAAGAAAACAUCACAUUGUGUUCUCCAUGUCACAGCGUGCGGAGGAGCAGAAUUUCGUUCAGACGCGCCUACUUUUGCCACCGUGGGGUUAAUACAGAACGCUCAGGCGUACCGUUAUGUCGAAAAGGAGGUGUACUGUUUAAGCGGUACUCGAUGUUGAAAAACACGUCGUUGCUGUAACCACUUCUCAAUGGAGAAUAAUUUCCUGCAGUCUCUUCGGCGUGGAAAGCAAACUAUCCUUUGAGCUGAUGGAAGAUUCCUGUAUACAUAUUUCAUGAGGAGAUGCUACAGGAGAAGGUCUUGGCUGGGACAGAUGAAGGCGUGACUGUGGCCCCGCCCGCUGGACUUCCUGAGCCCCUCCCCAAGACCUCUCACCUGGGGCUGGCUGCCUCAGUCACCACUCCACACAGCAAUGAACCUGAUCAGAACAUCAAGAACAUCAAGGUGUUCCUGCAGGAGAGGGAGCUCUGGAAGAAGUUCCAUGAGGCUGGGACAGAGAUGAUCAUCACCAAAGCAGGAAGACGGCUGUUCCCCAGCUACAAGGUGAAGGUGACAGGGAUGGACCCCAAAACCAAGUACAUCCUGCUGGUUGAUGUUGUCCCUGCUGAUGACCACCGCUACAAGUUCUGUGACAACAAAUGGAUGCCGGCAGGCAAGGCAGAGCCAGCCAUGCCUGGCCGGCUGUACGUCCACCCAGACUCACCCGCCACUGGGGCCCACUGGAUGCGCCAACUGGUCUCCUUCCAAAAACUGAAACUCACCAACAAUCACCUGGACCCAUUUGGACAUAUCAUCCUCAACUCCAUGCACAAGUUCCAGCCGCGGCUGCACAUCAUCAGGGCCGACGAGAACAACACCUUCGGCUCCAAGAACAACGCCUUCUGCACUCACGUCUUCCACGAGACCGCCUUCGUCUCCGUCACGUCCUACCAGAACCACAAGAUCACACAGCUCAAGAUUGAGAACAACCCCUUCGCCAAGGGCUUCCGGGGUGGAGACGAGGGGGACCUGCGCGUGUCCCGUCUGCAAGGGAAAGAUUACCCUGUGGUUUCUAAGAGCAUGGUCAGACCGAGGCUGGUCUCCUCACACAGACACCUGACAGGGAAGCUGGGUACAGGGGUCUUGUCAGGCCACCUGCAGGCCCUUCCUCACUAUCAGUACGAGAGUGCCGGUCCGAUGCCCAACAGCGACUCCCAGGAGCACCCCGAAAACCGCUUCUCCCCUGGCCGAGAACCAGGCCUGCUUUACCACUGCUGCAAACACAGAGAUAGCGGCCGACACUUGGAACUGGGGUGCAAACGCCCAUUCCUGGACGCAGCGCCACCUGCUGUCACGGAGGAGCUCUACUUCCGGUCCCCUCCCUCCUACGAGCCCCCCCUGUUGUCCCACCCGUACUGCGGCGAGCCGCUGAGCUCCCGGGAGACCUGCAUGUACAGGGGGCUGGAGGCGGAGCUGGGGGGAGGGGCCGGCGACGAGCCGACGCCCGCCCCUCUGAACUGCAACGUGUGGGCGUCGGUGCAGCCGUGCCCCAGGUACCACGUGCAGACGGUGGAGGCCGUGCCCUACCCGCCCUUCGGCGCCCACUUCACCACCGCCCCCGGCCCAGCGUCCGCCGUGGUGCCCCAGCUCCCCGCCUCCGCCCAGUCCCCCGCCCGGCCCUUCUACCGCCCAGGCGCCCCGCAGAGGGGCCCGUCCCCCGCCCCUUCCUCGACCCCUAACUCGCAGGACAGGGGCCCCCACCCCUCCGCCUACCCCCGGAACCCUGCACCCUCCCCACUGCCUCACAGAGACUAUCCAGCGGCCCCCCCGCAAAACCCCCCCUCCGUUCGGGACCCUCACUACCAGCACCAGAUGGGGCUGAGUUGCACGGGGGGGUGCUGGACUGACAGUUAAGAGGGCGGUCCGUGCGCACGCCCCGCUACCCCCCCCCUCCCUCUGCACAGGAGGACGCCCGGCACCUUCCAGCUCUGCCGAUUUUGAGAUGAGGUCACAGGCAGGAUUCAUUCACAUUUUCUUGAUCUCUUUAAGGGCAAAUGCAAAUCAAUCAAGCAAAAAAUAAUUAAUACAGUUCCGUAUCUCAAUAUAGUCUGCCUUUCUCACUUGUUUCGCAAUAUGGUGGCGGAGGUAAGAAUGAAAAUGAGUUUUUGCUGAAUGAUUGGCACCUUGGGCUGCGUGUUGUUGGUCAUACAGCAGUAAACACAGCCAUCUUUUUGCCCAAAGAGUGUUCAUACAUGUCUAGAAUUCUUGAUUCAGAAACACUUGCAUCUUCAUUACACAGCAUUUUGAAGAUGUCACAUCAUGGGAAAAUAGACAGUUGCUGUUUCAGAAUGACUCUUUACCAUCCUGGUAAUGUAGUAAAGCAUAGACGAGUUGAAUGAAUGAAUUAAGCGAUAACAAGACACCUCCUGAAACUGUGACAUCUCAUUGUGCUUAUUGCUACGUUUGAGGUUUCAAAAUAAGAAUAAAAAAUAAGCAUAAUGGCAAUUUCAUAUGUGUUCAGUACACAAAUGGCUUUAAGUUUAAUUAUAUCACAGCUUAAAGGCAAAAAAAAGUGUGUAUUUGGAUUUCGUUGCUGCCGGAAUGAACAGAAAGCAAAAUGUAUAGCUCUCGUCUCCAUCCCAAGCAGCGCACAUUUCAACUCACACCUUUUCAAGUUUUUUAGAUAUUCAGUCUUUAUAGGUAUUAAGGCGGGUCAUUGCGGCUAUAAGGUUUCAUUGUCUGAAUCCUAAGGAAUGUAAGUCUUGUUUGAUUGAAUUGCAUAUGCCCUUAAUGUGGCCAGGCGUAUUUUAUUGAAUCUAGGGGACUGUUUGUUCGACUGAAGUGCUGAUCUUGAUGAGUUGCACACUGUGUGUCAUGAUUGUAUAUGUAUUCUGACCUGCAGCAAUUUGCUUAUGUACUUCUUUUGCUUGAGAGUUUUGUGUAUGAUGCCAUAGGACAUGAAGGCCUACGUGUAGCCUAUUAAAAUACCUGCAGUAGUUAUCACA